AUGGAUUCAACAUUGAUACGACCGAGAAGACUAUCUCGAAUCAGUAAUAAUAAAAUUUCAAUUUUUUCAUUCAUUUUAGGUGGUUUAAUAAUUUUAUUAACUUUAAUAUCAUAUCAAUCAAAAUUAAAUGGACCAGAUAAAUCAUCAUGUAGAGUAGUUUGGAUGUAUCCAUCAUAUAUAAAAUUAGAUAAAUUUGAUCAAACACAUACUCAAUAUUCUUUAAAAUAUGGAUUAUAUUUAUAUAGAGAACAAUUUAAAGAUAAUUUACCUUUGGAAGAAAAUAAUAUAUCUACUUUAGAUUUAAAUGGUAUACCUGUCUUGUUUAUACCUGGAAAUGCUGGGAAUUAUAGACAAGUUCGUUCUAUUGCUGCAAGAACUUCUGAAUUAUUUGAAGAAUUUAUUAAUGAUUAUAAAAAGGAUUAUUUAAUUAAAAAUUAUUUAAAAGAUCAAGAAGAUGAAACUCAAUUAGAAUUUAAAAAGUUAGAUUUUUUUACAGCUGAUUUUAAUGAAGAUUUUACUGCUUUCCAUGGUAGAACAAUAUUAGAUCAAUCUGAAUUUUGUAAUGAUGCAAUAAAAUUUAUCUUAGAUUUGUAUUCAGAACAAUUAAAUCCUCCUACAAAAAUCAUCAUAAUAGGUCAUUCAAUGGGUGGAAUAGUUUCAAGAAUAAUGUUAACAUUACCAAAUUAUAUUGAAAAUUCAAUUGAAUCUAUAAUAACAUUAAGUUCUCCACAUUCUGCUUCUCCUUUAACUUUUGAUGAUGAUUUAAAUUCAAUAUAUUUUGCAAUUGAUAAAUUUUGGUAUCAAGGUUAUAAUAAACACCAAAAUGAAAAAAAUGAAUUUCAAGCAAUAGCUCAUAAAAGAUUAAAAAAUUUAUCAUUAAUUUCAAUAACUGGUGGUGCAUUAGAUUCAACAUUACCAGCAGAUUAUACAAGUUUAAGUUAUUUAGUACCAAAACUGAAUGGGUUUACAGCUUUUACAUCGGGGAUUCCAUUAGUAUGGACUCCAAUUGAUCAUUUAGCUAUUGUUUGGUGUCAACAAUUACGUACAAGAAUUUCAAAAUCUUUAUUAGAUAUUGUUAAUAUCCACAGAAAUGUUAAAAAAUUUCAAAAUAAUGAUGAAUUAUGGUUAAAUGAAAGAAUGAAAAUUUUUAAAAAUUAUUAUUUAACUGGAUUUGAAGAUAUAAAUGAUGAAGAAUUGGAAAUAGUUGAUCAAUUUGAUGUAUCAGCUUCAAGAUUAGAAGAAAAUAAAAUAUAUGAUAUAACUGAAUUAUCAAGUGAUAAGUUUUUUGAGUUUAAUUUAAAUGAUAAAAAUAAAAAUUAUCAUUUUUCAUUAAUUUCAUCAACUUCAAAUAAUAACUACUACAUUGAAGAUUCAAAUAAAAUUUUAAAAAUUAAUAAAUUUUUAUCAACUAUACCUAAUAUCAAAACCAACGAGAUAUCAGAUUCUUCAUAUGAUGGAUCAUUACAACCUUAUUAUAAUUUAGAAUUAAAUUCAAAAUUUUUAAAAAAAUUUAAUAAAUUAUAUAUCAACAUAAAUGAUCCAGAACAAGAUUUAAAAUUUCAAUUAACUACUAAUCAAAUAAAUUAUCAAUUCAGUGGUAGUAUGUUCAAGUUUCUAACUUUUGGAGAUUCAAUAACAUUACCUUCUUCACGUCCAAUUAUGAUUAAUAUAAAUAUACCAAAUGCAUGGAAUAGUUUAUAUGUUUAUAAAUUAAAAUUAAACACACCCGGAAAUGAUAAAUUCUUGAUAAGACAAUGGACAAAUGAUCCAUAUGAAUCAAAAUGGUAUCUUGAUAUAUCCAAAGAAAAUCCCAUAUAUUUAACAAUGCAUGGUAUAGCACCAUUUGUACCACAUUAUAAACUGACGUUGAAUUAUUCAAUGAAUUUACAAAUUUGGUCAAUUUUACAAGAAUCUAAGAAGUCAUUAAAAAUUUCAAUACUGAUUGAUUAUUUAUCAAGUUUAAAAUUAUUAAUUUUAAGAUUUAGAAUUACAAUAAUUGGAUUUAUUAUUUUUAUAAUAAGUUUGAUCUUUUUUUUACAAUUUAAUAAUCAACAUGAUAAGUUUUCAUCAUCAUUUUUCCAAACUUUAAUUUAUUUAAAUUCAAAUUGGUUAAUUUAUAUUGGUGGUGGAUUAAUUCUAUUGAAUUAUUUGAUUAGUGUUAGACUAGUUUAUAAUUUUUUACAGUUUCUUAAUCCUGUUGUAUUACAAGAUUUUAAUAAAUUUAUAGGGAGUGAUAUAACAACUGAAAAUGGUGAAAUUUUUAAUGUUCACUUAUUGUACCUAGGAUUAACUGAAAAAUUUUCAAUUAUUGGAGUACUACUUUAUCUUGUAUCAAAUUUUAUAAUUGGAUUAACUUAUUUAAUUUUAGUUAUAUUGGGAUCAAUUAUCAACUUUGUUUUAAAUUUAAUACCAUCAUGGCUAACUACAAGAUUAGCUACUUCAUCAAAUUCAAAAUCAUUAAAACUAAUUCAAAUAUUAAUUAUUAUAUUCAUUGUUUCAUUUAUACCUUAUUAUUUACCAUAUCAAAUAGUUUAUUUAUUAUGUUGUAUACUACAAGUCUAUAACGUUUUAAAGAAUUGGAAAAACAAGGAGGUUAGUAUAUUAAACUAUCAAAUAUCAAUAUUAAUAAUAAUGAUUUGGAUAUUACCAAUAAAUUUUCCCAUUUUAAUCGUGUUUUUACAUAAUUUAAAAUUAAAUUGGAAAACUCCUUUUAGUUCUCAUCAUAAUUUAUUAUCAAUAAUACCUAUAGUUUUAUUAACUUAUAAGAAUAAAAAUUUUAAAAAUAUUAAGUACUUAAAUUUCAAUAAUAAGAUAUUCAAAGUGGUUAAUGAUGGGUUGAUUUUAUAUCUUGCUGGGUUUUCAUUAAUUUAUGGUAGUAGAUUUACUUUUUUCAUUCAUCAUUUAUUCAAUUUAUAUUGUUGUUUUUUAUGGGUUUUAAUCUUGUAUAAUGAAAAUAUUGAAAAGGAUAAGAAGAAAGAAGAUAUUAUUAAAGUAAAUGAAUUUAAUAAAUUAAAUUAA